AGAGGCAGUCUUCGUAGUGCUGCCAUACGGUAUGGCUGCGGUUUGUCGAAGUUUUCUUUUUAUCUCGAUGUAAUUUGAAGUGAAUCGUUGAUAGUAAUGUGUUAUUCAUACAGAAGUUCAUCGAAAAAUAGCCGUCCCUUCGAAUGCUAAUAAAUGAUGCUGUCUCAGAUGAAGACCAACACCACUGGAAAGCUGGAAGGGAAACGAUCGAAGGAACUGAUGUCGUCUUCCAGUCUUUCUGGUAUGUCUCAAUUGUCAAACAGCAGCGAGGAGACCCUGGAACCUCUUGUACAUAAGCCGCACAAAUUGGAAACGACGGAAAGCACAACGAAGGACACGAGUCCGCAACACAACGAAUGGCUAUUAAGUGGACCAAGUGGGAGCAAGUCUAUUUUGCGUUUCAAAUGCUCCGCGUUAGCAACUCCUCCGGAAGAACCACCCGCGAAAAAAUUGCACAUGACCUACAAAAUUUUUCAAACGGAUACUAAACUUAUUAAUCUGUUGCUGCAGUCGCAUGGUUUGGCAGAGGUUCCUAUGAACGAGAUGGAUUUCAACAUCCUGUGGAUGGGCAACCACCCGAAGCCAGACAUUCUACGGAAUUUAAUGCCUCACCAGAAAGUGAACCAUUUCCCAAGAUCGUACGAGAUAACCCGCAAGGACCGAUUGUACAAAAACAUAGAGGCGAUGCAACGCAGCAAAGGCCUACGAAAUUUGGACUUCAUACCGCAAACGUUUCUGUUGCCCAGCGAGUCGAGGGAAUUACUCACGGCGCAUUUCAGGUACCGCGGGCCCUGGAUCGUCAAACCGAAAGCCAGUUCCCGCGGACGUGGCAUUUAUAUUGUUAACAGUCCAGAAAAGAUUCUUACGGACGAAUCUGUGAUCGUUGCACAGUACAUAAAUAAUCCGCUUCUGGUCGACGGGCACAAAUGCGACUUACGGCUGUACGUGGCCGUGACGAAUUACGAUCCGCUGUUGAUCUACCUGUACGAGGAGGGCUUAGUGAGAUUCGCCACGGUGAAGUACGACGGUGGCAACCAGUAUAUCUGGAACCCCUGCAUGCAUUUGUGCAAUUACAGCAUCAACAAAUUUCACGUGGACUACAUAAAGAGCGAAGAUCCAGACGCUGAGGAUGUGGGCCACAAAUGGACUUUGUCAGCGUUGCUUAGACAUCUACGUUCGACGGGCCAGGACACGGAAUUGUUGAUGCAACGUAUAGAGGAUAUCAUCAUAAAGUCGAUUCUUGCAACUGCCUCUGGAAUUGUCAGCGGAAUCAAGCAAUUUGUGAAAUAUCCGGAAGCAUGUUUUGAGCUAUUUGGAUUUGACAUUUUAAUCGACGACACGUUGAAACCAUGGUUGUUGGAAGUGAAUUUAACGCCAUCGUUGGGUUGUGAUUCGCCGCUCGAUGUUAGAUUGAAAUCGGCACUGAUAGCCGAUUUGCUUACUCUGGUUGGUAUACCAGCGGUCGAUCCAAUGUUACGACCCCAAACUACACACCUGAACCGAUCCACAGUAAAUUCCACUAAAAGAAUAGUCAACUGUAGGAGAGUACACUCGGCUGAAACAUUGUCGCAAAGGAAAAAGAACGUUAGCAAAGGCAGUAUCAAUAAAUCAGGAUUAACGACCGAACAGCAACGAAUAGUAGCGUCAGCGAAAGCUCAGUUCGAACGACGAGGAGGAUUCGUCCGUAUAUUUCCCAGUCCAAAGUCGUGGGAAAUGUACUCGCAGUAUUUAGAUCCAACCACGGGAAUACCAAUGGUCUCGGAUCCUUUGGGACCCGGCAGAGUUCCACACCAGAUCAAUACGAAUCACAAUUUAAUGUUGCACGAGCAACUAUUUCCCGCAGCUAGUCGUACCACUGACUUUAUCAUUCCCGAGGUUACGUUGGACAGAUUGUCUAGGUACGAAAGAUAUGAGAGAGCUUUAGUAAAAGGGCACAAACAAAGUUUAGACCGCGGUAGUAGUAAAGAGAAUAUGGAUACGGAUAAGCAUAAGUAUAAGAGCCAAGUGGUGCAAUCUAUGCACGAAGGAAAUAAACUUAGUCCUGGAGAAGCUAGGAAGGCCUUCGGUUUAUAUUUAGGACACGUAUUGCGUAAAAUAUCGCAGCCCAGAGCGGAUCCAGCAUGCUGCGAUCUUGUGAUGAAAUUUCUUCAACAAUCAGCUAGUAAUUUAAGGACACCAUUCUUUUUUACGGUAUGUCAUUCACCAAGUAGUAAAUUGAGCGAUAAAGAUCGUGCCGCCGUCACGGCUAAACAACUCUCGGACUUUUUACAUUUGUACAAUCGAGAAACAGAUCUUUACGCGGAUACAGUUGACCGUCCACGUACUGUUCCGAACCGUCUUUUCCAAAAAUUUUUAACCACAGCAAGUGAACAAGAUCUCGAUGAUAUACUAAUCCUACAGACGAGGCUAUAUAAAUGCGCUCACAGUUUUUUGGGAAGAAGUGGUUUUGCUGGGAGUCUACCUGGUCCUAAUUUACUGGGCUCUUUGCCCCACAUCACGUCUCGCGUAUAUUCCAACGCCGCAACCAGCGAACAAUGCAAAUGUAAUCAAUCAUCAAUUACUAGGCCUAUAAAAGCUGCGCGUACUUAGUUGUAUAAUGUGUGAAUAUUUGUUAUAGAUAUGUUUGCUCGUUAAAAAUACUAUGUACGGCUGUUCUAGGACUUCCCAGUACAAGUGGACAAUCAUCCACGCAUAUAUAUAUAUAUAUACAUAUAAUCUUAACGUUUCCCAUAUAAAUAUAGUAAAGAAAAUCAUCACAAAACUAAUAUUUUGGGUACGCUUAAAAAGCGCUUUAAUAUUCGCUUAUUUAUUAUAAAGUAGAAAAAAAAGAAUAUCAUUAUACGAUAUACUUCCAACGAAUAAUAUCUCGAGCCUUUUUAAGGAAGUUUUCCUGGUCUCUCUAAUCGAGUUCAUAUUCUUACAUAACGAUUUUAUCUUAAAACUAGUCUUCAGCAUCAAAGAUUCGAAGCUAGAUAGGGAAUAAUCUUAAAAUAAAAAGAAAAAAGAAA